UCCCCCUCUGAGCCAAUCCAGACAGGCCUGCGAGUGGCAUGGCUGCCCCCAGUUUCUCUGGGCACACGGCUAAUGCUGCAAGGAGGUUCUGGCGGUUUCCCAGUAUUCGCGCCGGACGCUAGGAUUGUUAGGUCCGCUGUCCUGGGCUCCAGUCGCGCCGCAGGACUUGGGCUCUAAGAAGAAUGGAUCCUUUGGAUACGUGGGACUUCUCCUCGCCUUUGAUAUCAUUAUGGAUAAACAGGUUUUACAUAUAUUUGGGCUUAGCCUUUGGCUUUAGCCUUUGGAUAUGUUUCCAGAUUGUUAUCAGGAAGCAGGACAAGAACUCACAGGAAAAGACUGUUCAAAAUGCAUCACGGAAUUUGAUGACCAAUGGCUCUCUCUCUCUUGAAAGGAAGGAAGUCUUUGUGUCUGGAGUGAAGAUUUUCUAUGGUUCCCAGACUGGCACAGCAAAGGGGUUUGCAGCAAUUCUGGCAGAAGCAGUGACCUCCCUUGACCUGCCUGUGGCAGUGGUGGAUCUGAAGGCAUACGAUCCGGACGAUUAUCUGCUAGAAGAGGUCACUAGUAAGAGUGUCUGUGCCUUCCUGGUUGCCACCUACACGGAUGGUCGCCCGACGGAGAGCGCAGAGUGGUUCUGCAAGUGGCUGGAGGAGGCAGCCAGUGACUUUCGAUUUGGCAAAACCUACCUGAAGGGUAUGCGAUACGCCGUGUUUGGCCUGGGAAACUCUGCCUAUGCCAGCCACUUCAACAAGGUGGGGAAGAACGUGGACAAGUGGCUGUGGAUGCUGGGAGCUCAUCGCGUGAUGGCCCGUGGGGAGGGUGACUGCAAUGUGGUUAAAAGCAAACAUGGCAGCAUCGAGGCCGACUUCACAGCCUGGAAGGCCAGGUUCAUCUCCCGACUACAGGCACUCCGUCAGGGAGAGAAGAAGCCCUGCAGUGGCAACUGCAGGAAAGGCAAGUGCGAGUCUCAUCAGCGCGGCUCAGGGCCAGCGGAGCCAGGGCCCCAGGCUCAGGAGGGAUUUCGUCAGAGAGAUGCCGAGGAGGAGGAGCUCCUUGGGAGCACCAGUGAGGAGGAGUCUGGCUCCGAGGACCAGCAGAGUGUCAGUUCUGUUAUCGAUGUCGAAGACCUCGGCCAAGUGAUGGAUCGUGUGAAGAAAGAAAAGAGAGAAAAGGCGCAGCAGGAAGGGGAAACUGGCGUGUUGAGGAGUGCAGUGAAGAACGAAGCCAAUGAACCAAGAGCUAUGAUAACUCCCGCUCUCCGAGAAGCCCUUACUAAACAAGGUUAUCAGCUGAUUGGGAGCCACUCUGGGGUGAAGCUUUGCAGGUGGACAAAGUCCAUGCUCCGAGGGAGAGGAGGUUGCUAUAAACAUACAUUCUAUGGCAUUGAAAGCCAUCGCUGCAUGGAAACUACCCCAAGCUUGGCAUGUGCGAAUAAAUGUGUCUUCUGUUGGCGGCACCACACCAAUCCAGUGGGUACUGAAUGGCGGUGGAAGAUGGACCAGCCUGAUAGCAUCUUAAAGGAAGCCAUCGAAAACCAUCAGAACAUGAUCAAGCAGUUUAAAGGAGUACCAGGUGUCAAGGAAGAACGCUUUGAGGAAGGAAUGACAGUCAAACACUGCGCCUUGUCCCUUGUGGGAGAACCCAUCAUGUACCCAGAAAUCAACAGGUUUGUGAAGCUGCUGCACGAGUGUAAAAUCUCCAGCUUCCUGGUCACAAACGCACAGUUCCCCGCGGAAAUCAGGAACCUCAAACCAGUUACCCAACUAUAUGUCAGUGUGGACGCUAGCACCAAAGAGAGCCUGAAGAAAAUUGACCGCCCGCUCUUCAAGGAUUUCUGGCAAAGAUUCCUUGACAGUUUAAAAGCCUUGGCUGAAAAGCAACAACGUACUGUAUACAGACUGACGCUGGUGAAAGCGUGGAACGUGGAUGAGCUCCAGGCCUAUGCCCAGCUGGUGUCCCUGGGGAGCCCCGACUUCAUCGAGGUGAAGGGCGUUACCUACUGUGGAGAGAGUUCAGCGAGCAGUCUUACCAUGGCCAACGUGCCCUGGCACGAGGAAGUGGUGCAUUUUGUCUCGGAGUUGGUGGGUCUGAUCCCCGACUACGAAAUUGCUUGCGAACACGAACAUUCCAACUGCCUCCUGAUAGCUCACAAGAAGUUUAAGAUUGGCAGAGAAUGGUGGACGUGGAUCGAUUAUAACCGCUUCCAGGAGCUCAUCCAGGAAUACGAAGACAGUGGUGGAUCAAAAACGUUCAGCGCAAAGGAUUACAUGGCCAGAACGCCUCCCUGGGCACUAUUUGGUGCCCGAGAAAGAGGCUUUGAUCCCAAGGACACAAGAUAUCAGAGAAAGAACAAAGCAAAGGAUGUUUCCGGAUGUUGAGAUUAUCUGAAUGUAGGAUCCUGAAGGACACAAACCGAUGGCCUCAGAAGGUUCUCGGAUUCCACUGUGAUUUUCCUAAGGACAAAUGACCCAAAUGAUAUCUCACACGGAGAAGAAUAAGGAAGAACACGGGGACACCACUCAAACCGCAGGGCUCAGGAGACGGCACCCAACACUUUGAGUGGCGGGGGGCUCAGCCUCCCCAUUUCUUUCCAGAACUCAGUCCUUUUUCUGGGUUUGCAUCUGAAAGAAAAUGACUUUGAGGGGGGUGUACACAGUCCUUAUUAGAAUUUAACUGAGUUUGGGACUAGAAUUUGGAAGACGCCCUCGGAUGCCAUUCCUGGGCAUGUCAUGCAGAACGAACGCCUGUUCCUCUUCCUCUGUCGUGGGCUGCUGGCCUUUGCUGAUGGUGUUACCCUGAGGCCGGCAUAUCUGCUCCCUCCCUUUCCUACACCUUCAGAUAACAUCUCCUGAAAGUAAUUUAAAUGGUCAUCAUUAUCAAUUAUUUUAAGUACUGCAUGGAUUUCUUUAAAUUUUUGCUUCAUACCAACCCUUCUGAGAUGGAAUUGGAUCUAAAACUGUCCCAAGUCUCAUUUCUUUCCCAUCCAGAUUGCUUGUAGAAGGUAAUAUGUGGGCUGGAUUCGAGUAGAACCUCCAGCCGAAGGAAUUGUCCCGUGAUGUCACUGAAUAAUUAGUCUCUAAACUUUGAAAUAAUGAGCACAAUUUGCUUUCAGUUUAAAAAGUCAGUGCUGAAGGCCCUCGGCACUGCACAUCUGGCGGGUUCCCCUCUUCUUUCAUUCUUGGAGCCUUCGCUCCUUUUUUAGCAAUCUGUUCUGUAAGGUUCCAGUUUUUUUCUAAUUGAAAAUGUCAUUAAAUACUUCAUAGUUUUUGAAAAGUGUUACAGGUGUUUUAAAAAUUCCUUCAUCCUAAAAAUUUAAUUAAUAAAAU